UUCACCUCGCUUGCCAUGGCGGAAGUCUCGAGUGCUUUCUGCACUUCAUUCCUACCAAAAUUCCCUAAACUCCCCGUCCUACCGAACAUACAUGGCUUCGCUGCCUCGGGCCGUGCUUCCCACCGUCUCACUCGCUGCUCGAUCUCUGCCGAGCCGAUGCCCUCGGGAACCAGCAGCUCGACCAUUCCGUGGGGCUGCGAGAUCGAGUCUCUCGAAAGUGCUUUCGCGCUGCAGCGGUGGCUCUCGGAGUCGGGACUUCCUCCCCAGAAGAUGGACAUCCGGCGAGUUGACGUUGGCGAGCGUGGACUCGUCGCCCUCAAGAGCAUCAGGAAGGGGGAGAAGCUCCUCUUUGUCCCCCCUUCCCUCGUAAUCACGGCAGAUUCGGAGUGGACAAAUACAGAAGCAGGUUAUGUGAUGCGGAAUAAUUCUGUUCCUGAUUGGCCUUUGCUUGCCACCUACUUGAUCAGUGAAGCUAGUCUUAGAGAUUCUUCAAGAUGGAGUAUAUACAUUUCGGCCUUGCCUAGGCAGCCUUACUCACUGUUGUACUGGACACGUGCUGAACUUGAUAUGUAUUUGGUAGCUUCACAGAUUAGGAUCAGAGCAAUUGAACGGGAUUCUGAUGUAACGGGAGUAUUUAAUGAUUUAAGGGCCAGGAUAUUUUCGAAGCACCCAACGGUAUUUCCUGAAGAGGUAUUUAACCUGGACACAUUCAAAUGGUCCUUUGGCAUUCUGUUCUCUCGUCUAGUACGUUUAUCGGCUAUGGAUGGAAAAGUUGCCUUAGUUCCUUGGGCAGAUAUGCUUAACCACAAUUCAGAGGUAGAAACAUUCUUGGACUAUGAUAAAUCAUCAAGAGGAAUAGUUUUUUCCACUGAUCGAGUUUAUCAAUCUGGUGAACAGGUGUUUAUUUCUUAUGGCAAAAAGUCCAAUGGAGAAUUGUUGCUUUCAUAUGGGUUUGUUCCAAAAGAGGGCACAAACCCAAACGAUUCAGUUGAAUUGUCCUUAUGUCUUAAGAAGGAUGACAAAUGCUACAAUGAGAAAGUGGUCGCCUUGAGGAAACAUGGUCUCUCCACGCCUCAGCAGUUUCCUAUGCAGAUCACUGGCUGGUCCCUGGAAAUGAUGGCGUAUGCUUACCUUGUUGUUAGCUCCUCUGAUAUGAGGCAACGAUUUGAUGAGAUGGCUGCUUGUGCGGCCGGCAAAACCAAGUCAAGAAUGGAAAUCAAUUAUCCUGAACUUGAAGAGCAAACUCUACAAUUUAUAUUGGACUGCUGUGAAUCCAGCAUAUCGAAAUACUCCAAAUUCUUAGAGGGUGGUAGUCCUCCUGAUCCUAUAACAACAAAUGCACAAGAAGCAAAUAGAAGACUACUAUUGAAACAGCUUGCAGUAGCUCUGUGCACGAGUGAACGCAGAAUACUGUUUCGUGCACAGUAUAUACUCAGGAGAAGGUUGCGGGACAUUAGAAGUGGAGAGUUAAGAGCUCUUACGAUUUUCAAUGGAUUCAGGAAACUCUUCAAGUAAAUUUCAUAGUUUAAGGAUUGCAUCGUAUGAUCUUCAAUAGUAUUUACCAUAAAUAAUUGAAGGAUUUUUUUAGCUGUGGAGAGUCUUUGAAAAUGAGCUUGACAUCUUAGUUUGUUUCAAAUUUGCUUCUGAAAACAGGAUAGAUGAUUUUUUUGUUUACCUGUAUGAAUAGUUAUUUAGAAAUGGUGUGAAGCUAGCUAUUUUCUUAUAAA